AUGCGUGGAGAUGAUUGCGAACCCCUCAUCAUUGAAAUUGAAAGUGAUUCAGAGUCUGAAGAUUCACAAAUGACUCAGCUCAAGGAUAAGAUUCCCUGUGAUCUGUUUUCUUCCACACUCAAACCUAAGUCUGAGCUUAGAGUGAACUUUGGCGAUCAUAUCCGACUUGUUUUUGACCUUCAAGACCUAAGUAGGCACACCCCUAUGGAAGAACGAAAGUUGGAUACUCAUAUCCAUCCUUUGUUAUUUGUGACCAGUCCUUUGACAGGCCAAACUGAUGACGCCGGUCCUUUGGCCAAGUUUUGUUACCAUCAACAUAUUGGAUUUUGGGAUAAUAUUUGCUAUCCGAAGAAACCGGGAAAGUCUACAAGGAACUCCAAAGAUGUAUAG